AUGCUGCUCAUUGAUGUAGCGAUUGGGCUGGGGUUUUGCUGGCUGUGCGUCAUACUUCUCAACCAGUGCCUCUCGCCCAAGCGGUCGCUGCUGGUGAACAUUCCCGGCCCGCCGCCCCUGCCCGUCGUUGGAAACGUGCUGGAAAUGAUGGGCGACCCUCUCGUCGCCUUCGCCCAGUACCGCAAGACGUAUGGACCCAUUUUCAAGUACUACUACUUCACCGACCCUGUGGUGGUGAUCUCCGACCCGGCGUUCGUGAAGACGGUGCUGAACACGAACAGCAGCCACUUUGACAAGGAUCGCGAUCCGGUCAUCACCGCCGUCAUCGGCCACGGCCUGCUGCUGGCCAACGGCGAGCCCUGGAAGCGGCAGCGCAAGAUCAUGCGGAUGGUGCCUUGCUUCGUCGAAGUGACCCGCACGCUGCUCAACAUUUGGAAGGAACUGCCGCCCGAGCCCAUUAACCUGCACAUCUACAUGACCAAGGUCACACUCGACGUUAUUGGGAUCUCGGGCUUCGGCUAUGCGUUCAAUUCGCUGCAGGACAGCCAGGGGCUGCUCCCAACGGCGGUGUCCACGAUCCUGCUGCAGACCGAAGAGCGAAUCUUCCAGACCGCGUCGUGGUGGAAAAUUCCCUUCCUCCCGUCUUCGAGGCGCUUCAAUCACGCCAAGGCAGUGCUUCUGGGCGAGAUCCGAGCUAUGAUCAAGAUGCGCAAGGAGAGUGAUGAGGACCUCCAAAACGCCAAGGAUCUCUUAGGCCGGCUGCUUGCUGCCGAAGACCCGGACACGCACGAAAGGCUCGACGAGAACCAAUUGGCGGACGAACUCAUCACCUUCCUCAUUGCCGGCCAUGAAACGACGGCCGCUUCGCUGGCGUUCACCUGUUAUCUUCUGUCCCAACACCCCGACGUCGAACAGAAAGUCAUCGACGAGAUCGAUGAGAUCAUUGGCACGGGCGAGCCGACCUACGAUGACAUCCAGAAGCUCAAGUACCUUCCCAUGGUCAUGAAGGAAAGCAUGCGACUCUUCCCGUCCGUGUCCAUGCAAACGACGCGCAUCACCAACCAGGACACUUCGCUCGAGAAGGAUGGCCUGGUCUACCACUUGCCCAAAGGGACCUAUGUCGAGGUGUGGCCGUGGCUGCUGCACCGAGCUGACGAUCUGUGGGACGACCCGCUCACCUUCAACCCCGAGAGAUUCGCUUCCGGCAGCUUCAGUUACAAAUACACGCCUUUCGGUGAAGGGCCGAGGAACUGCAUCGGCCAAAAUUUGGCGUUGAUGGAGUCCAAGGUCGUCUUGGUCAUGAUCUAUCAGCACUACAGGCUGCGACUGGGACCGGGUGCCGAGAUGAAGCCACAGCUCAGCAUCACGCUCCGGCCAGCGGGUCUUCUGAUGCAGCUCAUCCCGCGUCGGCCCGACGAAAAGAAGAAGUGCUUCAAGCUCCUCUGA